AUGAUGUUCCAUGGCACAACAAGCCAUGCAACUUCGUCUCCUCCAUCCAUCGUCGAGAAGAAACGAACGGUGUCUGUGCACUCGUCGCCGCUGUCUCCUCGUCGUCCACCAACCUUGCACAGAUCUUCUUCCAUCGACCUCACCGUGCUAUCGGAAGACUCGACACACGCCCACCACAUUCUCCAGACCAUGGAUGAAUCUGACGAAGAUGCACAUGCAUUUCUUGAGCAUUCUAGGCAGGGGCAUGUCACGUUCCAUCGAGUUCAAUUGCCUGGCCACGAACUCGGAUUCUUCGCCGUGGUUGGUGCGACUCACCUUGUGCUGUGGAACUCUCACCCCGUGCACCGUGCGAUCGGUGGCAAGGAUAGCCCCGCGCUGCAUUUGCAGACGUUGACGACACUUGCGUUUCCACCGGAGAUGACGCCGUUGGCGGAUAGGGCAGAUCCCCACGUUGUCCUUGCUGCCACGUCGUACCACAACGCGUCCAAGAUCUGUGCGUUACUCAUCUCACGAAAUGGCCGUAUCUGCUUUUGGGACGACAUCAGCAGCAGUCGCCACCACGGCGGGUCCUCUGUCCCCGUGGUGACCCGUCUAUCCAUGGACGACUCCGCUGAGUCCGUCGUGAGCGCUUCCUCGCAAUUCCCCGUCAUCGCUGCCACAACGUCUCAAACUUUGUGGGAAAUCAAACUCGACGACGACGAUCGAUCGUCCCUUCGCGUAUCCAAACUGCGCUCUCGUCGACAAGGUCUGUGGUCGCAUGUGACUCGCUUCCUGACGUCGUCGACACCGUCACCCGUUCUCCUUACCAAGUCCAUCCCAACGUCAUCGGAGCUGCUUGUACUUCACGUGGACUCGACGCUGACGCGGUGUGUUGUGGCAAGCAGCGCGAGCCACGAAGCGCUGUGGUCGUUCCAGUUAUGCGGGUUCCUCAUGGAUUACUUUGCCCAGCACGAAGAUGGCAUCUUGGUAUAUGCACAGUGCCUGGCCUUACCGUUCGCCACUUCGACGCACUUUUCUCUCGUGGUGGGCUUUCAAACCGGCACGAAUGUCCUUUUGUACCUGUUUGAGUUUUUGGCGACAAUGGCCGACUUGCCGCAGUACCGCCGAUCCCUCCGCGUUGGCACCGUCCCAUCCUUGGAUCAAAUUCAAAGCGUGCCAGUCAACGACCAGAGUUUGUACUUGGUGACGCCGACAACGCUCUUUGCCGUGUCUGUCCCGGCGUUCCCAGACAUGCCGCUGCACGUGCAUGCAAUCUCGCUGCCACAUCCCAUCGCAAGCGGCGUCGGAGUCCUGCACCAGUCGCUUUUGUACCUCCAUACGCAGCACCAGCCCCCGUCUGUGCGACAAAUCCGAUCCUUUGAGUGGACUUUGACGCCGACAGACUCGAUCCUGCCGGACCCCAAACGAUACAAGGUAACCGACAAACACUUUGCUUCGACCACAUUGGAUCUGCACCAGCACCGCAGCCUGGCCGAGUGGAAGGCGGUCUUGGUCGAUCGAUUCCAGCAGUUUGACAUCUCGACCGUGAGCUUCCACGUGGACCUGUCCGCGUCGGCGUUGCCAGGCGGUCUGUCGCAAGCUGUCGUGGAAUUGGCGCAUGAAAUUAUCGAUGCGAAACCAGCCACGGGGCUGCAUUGGGGCAAAGACCAGGCUGGCUCGGUGUACGCGCCGCAGCUGGUCAAAUACCAGCUCCAGGAAAAAUCGACGAGAUACCGCCACUUUCUCCGGUUCCUAACGUCCACAGGGUUGCUUGCAAUGGUCCAAUCGAAUGCCCGCCAUCAACUCGUGGAGUUGAACGAAAAACUGGUGGCCGCGACGGCUGCCCUGGUUUAUGCUGAAGACCACGAUCAAGUAGACCAAAAGCUCCUUCGUGCAAUGCACGCCGUCUUGGUCAACCACCGCGGGUACACCACGGACCAAAUGGAUGCCACUGGGUUCAGCGUGCUGGACUUGUUCUAUGGCGACGUCAGCCACGUUCAUCAACUCGCAAUGGAAUGGCUGCCCGACACCAACAAGUCCGCUUCCAACCAACCCAACGUGAUCGUUGCCAUGCUCCAAGCCGUCGAAGCCUGGCGUCGUGAUCAAGACGUGCUCGCCGUGGACGAAAGUGUGGGUGAGAUGGAUCCAUGGACAGCGCAGCCCGCCAUCCGCACAGCGUGCCGACGCAUGCUGCAAGCCGGAGACCGGACUCGUGCCUUGCUGAUGCUUGUGCCAAACAUGGUGCCUUACAUGGAUGCCGAAGAGAAGUCGGCAUGGGCCAAGUUUGUGCUCGUGCCUUUGGUCGCCUCCGCAUUGACGCCCACUCAAGAUUCCGACACAUUCCAAGAGCUCGUGGUGGACUUAGUCUACUCCUUUGAAUUCCUUGAAGGCAUUGCAGUGCUAUCGCCGGAACGCCGCCUGCAUGAGUUUAUCGAAGGCGCGCGCCCUGACAUUGCCACGUUCUUCUUUCAAUGGUAUGCUGGGUUAGUCUCGAAUCCAUGGGCAACUCCUUCGUCUCCGUCGAAGAAUUCCCCAUUGGAUCUCAACUCGCUCCUCCAUCCGCCGUCGUCGCUCUUGCCAGCCUUGUACGCAUUCCUCAAGUCGCAACGAGGGUCUAACUUGGCGCAGUAUGCGUGGAUGGUCGCUGUGCAACUGGACAAGUUCGACGAUGUGGCGAGCUGUGCAUACGCGGAUGCCACAGCGUCGAGUGACAUCUCGCUGCAAAAGACAAUGCUCAGUAUUGGCAAGUUGGCCGCCCUGGCAACGCAAACUCCAUCCACCGCCACGACGACUCCCCCCCACACAUUCGAUCGAGCACUUCUGCGAGUGCGUGUUGAAGAAGCGCUUCAAUUGCCGCAGUCGCUGCCGGUGGAUCAAGUGCUUCAAGCUUGUCUGGAUGAAAUGGCCAAGGCCGUGGCACCUGCCGCCCAUGACACUUUCAGUCAUGACGGCGACAAAACUCGAGUGACGCAUUGGAUCGGCUUAGCAUUGGACGUUGUGCUGUCAUGCGAAAAUGACCGCGGGACUUUUGAUGCGUUGAAGCGACAAUUUUGGCGACACGCCGUGCGAGUCGACGCUCCGUUGUGGCAGCACAUUGUGACGCUGUAUAGCUCGUGCACGAGUGAAACGGAGGUCGAGCAUGCGAUGCGCACCACCGUCGUGUACUUGGCAGGCAACCACCACCCAAGCACAAAACUCACGCCCGACCUCAUCGAUGUGCUGGUCAAGGACCCAACGUUGACGGGGAUCAGCAUCAAGGCACGGCCGUUGCUCGUGAAGACGUUAGCGCUCGUGGACAGAACGCCCCCUUGA